CACCUGUCUCCUCUCCAUGUUGCCUUGGAUGGAUGAAGGGCAUGACGACUUGGGGGAAAAUUCGGGUGUCUUUUUUGUGGUUCAUCGUUGUAGGUCAAAGCCCUUUGGAUCUAUAAGAGGAUAUUCUGAACGGAGAUGAGAUUUCGAUAUAACCUUUUUCCAGUCCCACCCACUCGCUCUCUGUCUUCUUAGAGUUCUUUCUUUUUUUGUUUUUCUUUUCCGUGAUGUUUGAUAUGUGCAUCUCUCUCUCCUCCCACCUCAUCAUCAUAUAGAUUCCAGGAAUCAGCAACUCGAGAAACCGUUACCUUACCUUCAAUGGCAGACAUUCUUCGUCACCACCGUCACCACAACCCACGCAUAGGCGAGAUCCCCGUCCCUCACGGGCCAGAGACGGGCCAGGAGCACGACGACUACCCUGCCCACCACACCAGCGACUACGAGCGCCGCAUCUUCGCCCACAUUACCCGCCCCGACGACUCCUACACCGCCAAUGGCGCCUACUGGGCCGACCUCCCCUUGCGGGAACGCGUUCCCUUCGUCGCCAAGGUUGAUCGCGAGGAGGCCGCCAAGGAGCUCCGCGUCACGGGCCGCAUGAUGAAGCAGGACCCCUUAUCGCCGCUGACCUGGUACUUUCGCCACGCGGUGCUCCCAGGGGCUGGGCUGGGGCUCGAGGGUUAUGUCUUGUUCUCCAUCGGGAACCUGGAGCCGCUUUUCGCGGCUGCGUGGCCGCAGUGCUGGGGCCCUGAUGCUACCGUUUGUGCGAAGAAUUGGAUUGCUUCCGUGACAUAUCUGGAGAUUGUGGGUAUCAUGAUCGGCCAGGUGGGAGUUGGUAUCAUCGGAGACUGGAUCGGUCGUCGCUGGGGCCUCAUCCAAGACGCCCUAAUCAUGCUCCUCGGCCUCCUCCUCCUCACCGCCUCCUGGGCCGACAGCCUGCAGGGCUGGGUCAUCUUCUACGCCUGGUCCCUCUUCGUCUACGGCUUCGGCGUCGGCGGCGAGUACCCCAUAACAGCCACUUCGUCGAUGGAGUCGGCCGUCACCGCCGGCCGCCUCUCCACCCGCGACGACCGGCUCCACCGCGGCCGCCGCGUCACCUCGGCCUUCCUCAUGCAGGGCUGGGGCCAGCUCGCCAACCAGGUCGUCCUCAUCGCCCUCCUGGCCAUCUUCAACGGCGGCGGGGCAGCCCCUUACUCCGUGUCCGCCGCCCAGUUCACCUUCAGGCUGAGCUUCGCCUUCCCGGCCAUCGGCACGCUGUGGCUCGUCUACUACCGGACCUGGAAGAUGCCGCGGGCCAAUCGACAGCUCGAUCUUGCCAAACGUCGUAGCGGUGUGACGGGCUACGAUGUGGCUGCCCUCCGUGGCUGCGUGCGGCAUUUCGGUGGUCGGCUGCUUGCUACGGCGGGAACAUGGUUCUGCAACGAUGUUUUCUUCUACGGCAACAAGCUCUUCCAGGGCCGGUUCAUUAGUGUCAUCUCGACGAACCCGGACUCUGUCAUGGAGAAAUGGACCUGGAACUUCGUUAACGUGGUCGUCUCACUGGCCGGCUACUACGCCGCGAGUCUCCUCAUCGACAACAAGCUCUACGGCCGGAAGAUGAUGCAGCAGGUCGGCUUCCUGGUCUGCUUCAUCACCUUCGUCAUCCCGGCGUUCCGGUACGACUACUACACCUCCCCCGAGGGGAUCCGUUCGUUCCAGGCCAUGUACUUCCUCUCGUCCUUCUUCAACCAGUUCGGCCCCAACAGCGUCACCUUCCUGGCGGCGGGGGAGGUGUUCCCCACGCCGGUCCGGGCCUCGGCGCACGGCUUCUCGGCCUGCAUGGGGAAGGCAGGGGCGUUGCUGGCCGCGGUCCUCUACAGCUACCUCGACGACCGGGAGAAGUUCCGCUUCGUGCCCUGGUUCGGCCUCGCCGGCGUGCUGCUCACGUGGCUGUUCCUCCCGGACACGACGGGGCUGGACCUCCGCGAGCAGGAGAGAAGGUGGGACUAUAUCCGGCGCGGCAAGGCGGAUGAGUACCGCGGCGUGGCGGUGCAUCCGGCGCAUCUGAGCUUGUGGGAGCGGAUGCGCGGGGUCGGGAGGGCUUACGACCCGGGUAAGGACUUGCGGGCGCGCAUUGACGAUCUGAGAGUCGAGUGGGAGGCCGAGCAGGAGGUAUGCGCGGCGGAGAAGGAGUCGGAUGAGGCGCAGGAUGUCGGAGACUGGAGCGAAGAGAUUCAUGGCUAUUUCAGGGGGUCGUCGAAGACGGAGGAGUGCCAAAAUAGUGAUGAUGAGAAGGGCAGGAGUGGAAGCGCCGGUAGUAAUGGCGGGGUGAUGACGGGGCGGAGUAUAGGGCCGGAGGGCGGGGAAGAGAAUCGGACAUAGAUACUGGUAAAGGCUCGCGUCUUCAGCUGGUGUGUAUAUACAAAUGCCGUGAACUAAGCG